ACCCGGGAAUUUCCCGGGAAAAUGGCACCUCAGGAAAACCACCUCUAGCGACCGGGGACAGCAGCACCAUCCUCACCUUACGAAACGUCACUCCCAUCAAUUGAUCUCGCGUAUCAAUUGAGCCACCGCUGGCAGAGGCUCGAUUUUCUUCCACCUCAUCUCUACAAACGCCACCAUGCUGUCCCGCACGGCUCGUCCAGCUCUCCGCGCUGCGGCUGCGGUGCCCACUCGGGCCGCUGCUGCUCCCGCCGGUGUCGCUGGCUACGCGACUCUCCGCGAGAUUAACGACCGCCUCAAGUCGAUGAACAACAUGAAGAAGAUCACCAACACCAUGAAGGUCGUCGCCUCCACCAAGCUCACUCGCGCUAGCCGUGCCAUGGAGGAGUCGCGCAAGUACGGCGAGACCUCGCAGGAGGUUUUUGAGGCCGCCGAGACCAAGGUCCCCGAGGCUGAGGAGAAGAAGUCCCUCAUCAUCGUCUGCUCGUCCGACCGUGGUCUCUGCGGUGGUAUUCACUCUGGUCUCUCUCGUCGCAUCCGCAAGCUCUUUGCCGAGGAGGGUUCUUCCGACCUCGUUGUCAUUGGCGAGAAGUGCCGUGCUCAGCUGUCGAGGUCCAACCCCCAGUCUCUCCAGCUCACCUUCGCUGGUGUCGGCCGCAACGUCCCCACCUUUGCCGAUGCCCAGGCCAUCGCCGACCAGGUCGCUCUCCUCCCUACCGAGUACACCGACGUCAAGAUCCUGUACAACAAGUUCAUCAACGCCACCAGCUACGAGCCUACCUUCAUUGAGGCAUUUUCCGAGGACGCCAUCACCCAGUCUCCCAACUUCUCCGCCUUCGAGGUCGAGGAGGAGUCCCUCUCCAACCUCCGCGAGUACUCCCUCGCCAACUCCCUGUACUGGGCUCUUGCCGAGGGCCACGCUUGCGAGAUGUCUUCCCGUCGAAACGCCAUGGACAACGCCACCAAGAACGCCGGUGAGAUGAUCAACAAGCUCCAGAUCCAGUACAACCGCUCCCGACAGGCCGUCAUUACCAACGAGCUCGUCGAGAUUAUCACUGGUGCCACCGCGUCGGCGGACAUGUAAAGCUCGAGCAAUGUGCGAAUUGAGCGGGCAGCUGCAGGAAUAGAACCUCUUUUCCUUUGUACAAAUCUACUUUACCCCGGCGUCCCACCGUGUUCGCCACAAUGUAACAGAGACAUCGUCAAAUUCCCUAGUACGGCAUGCAUCGUGCAAUUCAGAUUUUUGGACAUGAGAAAUUUCGUA